GCGAGUCGCGAGCGAGUCCCCUGUCGCGAUGACGCAAGCGCCGCCGCCGCCGCCGCCACAGGCGACACAACCGCCGCCGUCGCAACCUCCAUGGACGGCUCUUCAACUGCCGCAGCCAUCGCCACGGAGGACUCCGCCAUCAGCCCCUGCUACGGCCACCCUGCACCCCGGCAUCGUUGGGCCCUUCCCUGGCAAUGAGCAGCCACCAGGCCCUUACUCUGGAAAAUUUUUUAGCUUUGGCUUUGAGGCUCCUCUUGCUGCUACUGUUCCCAGUUCAUCACAAGUCGACGAGCUAGUUGCAGAUGCAAUAGAACCAGCAACUGGUGGCAAUACUAACACCACUACAUUGAGAAAAAAGAAAGUUUCCUCAUCAUCAACUAAGCAGAAGGAAUCUAGAGUGAAGCAGCAAAAAGAACAACCGGCAAAACGGUUGAAAUCACCAGCAGCAACAAUGUCGCCACUCAUUCCAGCAAGAUCAACAGGGAUAAGGAUGAUGCUAUCAUCCCCAAGGGUAUCCCCAAGGCUGAUGUCUCCAUCUACGACAUUAGCAAACUCCCGGAUACAUCCCCCAACAUCUACUUUGGAUAAAAAAAGAAACAACCUUAAUCAUGGAUCUCCACAUCUGAUUAAAAGGCGCAAACUUACAUCAGAGAUAUGGGAAGAUUUUGAGGCAAUAUAUGAUGGUGUAAAUGUGGCUCAAGCUCAGUGCUUACACUGCCAUAAGUUAUUCAAGGUAAACCGUGAUGUUGGUACAAGUGCUUGCCUUAGACAUAUGCGUAAUUGUGAGGGUAAAACUAGAAUGAAUCAGAUGUUGGAUCAAAUGAAUUCUGGAAACCUGCCUUUGCCUGAAGAUUGGAAAUUUGAUCCAGAAAUAUCCCGACAAGAAUUGGUGAAGUUGAUUGUUGUGCAUUCAUUACCUUUUAGCCUUGUUGAGUAUCCAAAGUUUAGAUCCUUUGUGUCUAGUUUGAAUCCAUGGUUUCAGCAUGUUUCUAGAACCACAAUCAAGGAAAAUUGUGUGAACACAUAUGAGUAUGGGAAGGAAAAGCUACAGAGUCUUUUGAACACAAUAUCUUCUAGAGUUUCUUUAACUGCAGACCUCUGGACCUCCAAGCAGACAUUAGGGUAUUUAUGUGUCACUUGCCAUUUCAUCACUGAUAGUUGGAUAAUCCGCAAAAAAAUCAUCAAGUUUGCCCUCAUAGAUACACCGCAUGAUGGUAUUAACAUUUUUAAAGCAAUGCUAAAGACUUUGAAUGAGUGGAAUAUAGAACAUAAAGUCUUUUCAAUCACAUUAGACAAUGCUUCAAAUAAUGACUCCUUUGUGAAGUGUUUGAAAGAAAACCUAGUAGCCAAGCGUAUGCUUCUAAGUCAAGGAAACUUUUUUCAUUGCCGGUGUGCUGCCCAUGUCUUGAAUCUGAUAGUACAAGAGGGUUUGAAAGAAAUGAGUGAUGCUAUAAAAAAUAUCAGAGAUAGUGUCAAGUAUGUGAAAAGCUCUCAAGCACGUAAACAAAGAUUUGAAAAGAUAAUUACAGAGGUAGGGAUAUCUAGUAAGAAAAAGCCACCUCUAGAUGUUGUCACUCGAUGGAACUCAACGUACCACAUGCUUAAUUGUGCUGAUGAGUAUAAGAGAGCUUUUGAAGCGUUGACCCAAGAGGACACUCAAUAUACACAUCAGCCACUAAUUGAGGAAUGGAGUAUGGCAAAAAAGCUCUGCAAAAUUCUGGAGAAAUUCUCUGAUGCUACUGAAAAACUAUCAGGUUACAAGUACCCAACAUCAAGUAUUUAUUUCCAUCAACUUUGGGAGAUAAAAUUGUUGCUGGAAGAAGAGUUAUCAAACGAAGAUGUUAUGGUUCGCAUUAUGGUACAUGAGAUGAGGAAGAAACUCCAAAAAUACUGGGAUCUCUCAUUUUUGCAAAUCUGUUUGCCAGUUGUUUUGGAUCCUAGAUUUAAGUUAGGCUUCCUAAAGUUCCGUCUUAGGCAAGGUUUUGAAGAUUAUUCAUCAUCCACCUACUUCCCCCAAGUACAAGAGGCAUUCAAAAAUCUGUAUGAUGAAUAUUUCUUGCAAUGGGGUCACUUGGUCCCUGAGUAUGCAAAGCCAGUAGCUGAAGAUAAGCCAAAUUUUGGCAAAAGUAAUCCAUGGGCAGAUUGGGGCCAACAUCAGAACUUAAUUCAGAGAAAAAGAGUGAGUGAACUUGACAAGUAUUUGGAAGAGGAAACAGUCCCUAUAGAUAUAGAAUUUGACAUUCUACAGUACUGGAAAAUGUCCUCUGCCACGUAUCCGAUACUUGCACGUAUGGCAAGAGAUAUAUUGGCCAUUCCUGCAUCUACAGUGGCAUCAGAGUCAGCCUUUUCUGGUGGAGAAAAGAUUAUAAAUGAGUAUAGAAGCAGACUGUCUAGUGAUACUGUAGAAGCACUUGUGUGUCUUCAAGACUGGCUUCGAGAUCCUAGUACCCAUGAUGACAUAGCUGGAUGUAUUAUGGGAGAUGAAGAUGAUGAUGAGAUCUAACUUAGGUAUAAAUUUGCGGAUGUAUUUGCUUUAUGAGAUGAACUUGUUUUUCUCAAGUGAAAGUUUUACUUGAGGAGCGUGUCGUGUGUGUGGAGUUGUCACAGGUCGAUGGGAGUA